UGUAAAAGUUUUUGUUUUGCAUUACCGGUACUGCACAAUGGUCUGCACAGAGAACAGGUACCCCAGGCAUUAGGGCCCAGGGGGAUACUUUGGUGUUGUGCUGCUGUAUGGGAACUUGAGAAAACAUAGUUGAGUGAGAGGAGCAAACUAAAUGAUUUGGGAGUGUGUAAAAAACGCAUGAUAAAAUACUGAACCAGCAAGCGAAUAAAGACAUCAGGUCUGUAGAGCCCCUCGCAGAGAAUUGCAAAAAUGGCGACUGGUCAAGUGGCGUUUCUUGGUUUUCUUUUGGGGUGUUACUGUGACGGAGCCUUGGCUGUAGAGGUGAAAACAAAUUUUCCUAGUGUAGAAGCAAAAGAGCAUGAAGAUGCAUUAUUACAUUGUAAUUAUACAGUGGAAGUUGAUCCAAACCCAAGACUAGAGUGGAAGAAAAUCCUUAAAAAUGAGGUCUCAUUUGUGUAUUAUGAAGGACAACUACUGCAGCGUUACUUCAGUCGAGCAAAAAUGGAUGGUGCAAGCAUCCGAUUACGGAAUGUGACCCGUAAAGAUACUGCUGAGUAUCGCUGUGAAGUUUCUGCGGGAAUGGAUAGCAAGGUUCUGGGUGAAACCACAGUUAAGCUUACUGUGCUAGUGCCACCAGCUGUUCCCAUGUGUGAAAUCCCGAGCUCAGUUUUGACUGGAACUGUUGUAGAGCUGACUUGUAAAGAGAAUGAGGGCACCCCCUUGUCAGAAUACCACUGGUAUAAAGAUGGGAUUCUCUUACCACAUAAGGCAUCAAAUGAUCCACGGUUUAAAAAUGUGUCUUUUACUGUGAAUAAACAGACUGGAACGCUGCAAUUUAACCCUGCAUAUAGUGAAGAUACUGGAAAAUACUCCUGCAGUGCAGAGAAUAAAGUGGGGAAGUCCCAGCAGUGUACAGCAAAGUACAUGCAAGUUGGUUAUCUCCAUGUUGGUGGCAUUGUUAUUUCUGUGGUCGUGGUUGCAAUGGUGAUAGCAGUAUGUGGACUGGGGGUGUGUUAUGCACAGAGACGAGGAUACUUCUCAAAGGAACAUUCAAUGCACAGAAAGUCCACUUCAGAAUAUAAAGCUGCUCCAGAAAAUGAAAAUGAUUUCCAGCAUAAAAAGUCAUUUGUUGUAUAAACAAAGAAGAUGAGUGCCUCUGUGAAGAAAGUACCCUGUGGAACACUGACCAAAAAAUGGAGUUGAUCAUGUUGAUUUGAUCUGUAUGAAGAAUGAAUCAUUUGACUAGCUUUGAUGACGCACAGCAGGAACCAGCAAUUUCACUGGCCGCCUUUUCAUAAAUGGUUGCAUUAGUUGUAUAGCAGACUGCAUUCAGCUAGUUAUCUUGUUUGCUUGCAUAGCUGUACAGAUAAAGCAAGCUACUAAAACAGUAAGAGGUAACACUAACAAAUUAUGCUUGCUUCUUUGUUUAUGAAAAAAGGUAAAUAUGAUAUGUGUUCUAAAUCGUGCGUAAAUUUGUUGCAAUGGAGCACUAAUGUCAUCUAGCAGUGUGACUCACACCCAGAAUAUAACUUUAUAACCACAGCAGUCACAUAGAUUCUUGUCAUUAAACUGAUGUAUAGUCAUUUAUAGGGGAGUUUUGCAAAGAUCCCAUAAUGACGAUAUGCCAUAAACUUUAUAAUGUAUAGAUUUUUUCAGACACCCAGAAUUUUGUCUGGUACCUGUUAUAAAGGUAAUUUUGUUGUGAUAUACUUUUUGUUUCCUGCUAGGAAACAUUUUGUGAAGGAGAUCCCCCAAUAACUUUAUAGAAAUAUUAGGUUCAAGUAGCAGCAGUGGCUGAUUCUUGAAGACAUAUUUAGCUGUGUUACGCUCAUGAAUUCCUAAAGAAUGUGAAUUAUGUGUGUGUGGUUGCUGUUUAACUCAUACUAAAAUUGUAUUAAAAUUGUAGGUGAAUGCAGUAUUUCUUUAAUUUGGUCAUAACAUAGAAAAUUCAGUUGUGUUCAGGAUUGUACUGUACAUUGAGGUAUAUUUGUAAAUACUAUGUGAAGUUUUCCUAUAAAUGAAAAUAACGAACUAGAUCAUGCUGCAAGCUAGGGGUCAUUUUGCACUGUUCGUGCUUCUACCAUAUGCUUUUUUUUUUUUUGAGAUGCUGCUUCUGAUGCCCACUAAUGAAACUCAACAAAACAAUGCAGAGACUAUUAGGAAGAAAAAGGAUUUUUUUUAAUAUACCAAAUAUGAUUCAAAAGGGAUCUAGUGAAGUAAACAUGCUGUGAAGUGGUAGUGCUAAAGCACAGAUAUGUUACCUGUCUUGUAAUUAUGUUGUGUCUCAUUGUUACGAUGGACAAACCAUCUCCAAACAUACAUUUGCAUUAUAUUUUACAAAACGAGAUUAGUAUCGUUUUAUACAUGCUUUAAGUUCACUGCUAAAAGAAAGUGUCUGUGAAGCAAAGUAGUUGUAUCAAAAGGUUUGUGUCCUUAAGUGUAACAGUUGAAUUGCUGAUUUUUUUUUUUUUUUUUUUUGUAUUUAUCUUUUACGUGAUUCUUUUGAAUGUUCUAUAUACUUUACCUAAUAUAGAAUUAAAUACACAUUCUGUAA